AAAGGCUCUACAGUUGUAAAACCUGGCCUCAUUUCCUGGCUGGAACGAGGAAAAGGUGUUUGGAAGUCAGGCUUCUCUCCAGAUUGGGAUGAAACAGAGAUCUGUGCCAACAGCUCAGCUGGUGACUCUGCAAAGCACCACCUUUGCCAGGUGUGUGGGAAGUGCUUCACUCAGAAACCGUACCUGGUCCAGCAUCAGAAGAUCCACACGGGGGAGAAACCGCACAAAUGCCAGGAGUGCGGGAAAUGUUUUGUGCAUCGUUCCGCCCUUUUGACCCACCAGAGGAUCCACACGGGAGAGAAGCCGUACCGAUGCCUGGAAUGCGGGAAAGCCUUUGGCCGUCGCGACGCCCUGUUGAGCCACCGCAGAACCCACACAGGGGAGAAACCCUUUAAAUGCCCCGAAUGCGGGAAAUGUUUUGCUCAGAAAGCCCAUCUUCUGAACCACCACCGACUGCACACAGGGGAGAAACCGUACAUGUGCUCAGACUGCGGGAAACGCUUUGGUCAAAAAACCCAGCUGCUGAAUCACCAGAGAAUCCAUGGCGGGAAAAAACCUUACAGCUGCCAAGAGUGUGGGACCGCUUUUCUCAGAAAACAGCACCUCCUCAAUCAUCAGCGAAUCCACACGGGAGAGAAACCGUAUGAAUGUGCGGAGUGCAGGAGACGUUUUUCUAAGCAGUCAACACUUGUGGCGCAUCAGAGGGUCCACACAAGAGCAAAAGCAUCGUAUAAAUGUGCGGGUUGUGGGAAACGUUUUGUGGACAGCCGUAACUCUGGGGCUCAGGAGAAUCCCCUGGGAGGGGAGAAGCCCUCUAAAUGCAUGGACUGUGUUAGUCAACCCGAAAACAUCACGCUGCUCCCAACGGGGAACCCUGUUCCUGCCCCUCUGCCCUUGGGCACCUUCCUAAUUCUCCCGCCAAAUAAUGUUUUGUUUGUGAUGACACAAUGAACAUGUCAGUUGUCCCUUGUUCAGAGUUUAUGUCCACAUUAUCCCAGGAUCCCUUUCAAGGGAGGAAGAGGAAGGGUGUGAAGAAAUCUGAGUUGAUUGUUGGCAGGACUUAUCUAUUUUAGGCAUUUGCACUGAGUUUUUAAAAUGAGUUUUAGAGGAAUUAAAGACCUAGUUGGGUGGGGAAAUGAAAUGAUCUCUUUCACACACACACCCUUCCGUUUUAGAGUGGGUUGUUGAACUUUUUUCAUGGGAGGGGAACAUGCCCUUAUGGGUAAUACGAUAGAGUCGUAUAUUGUGGUAUGAGAAAUAAGCCCAAACUAAAUUACAGUAUAGUAAAAGAUAGUUGGACAAUGUCAUCAAAGCUACCAACGUGAGUUUGACCAAACUCCA